AUGGCGAAUGGCAAUGAAAAUAAAGGAUUUCGACGUUUCGGUCGUCAUUAUUUACUUCUCAUAUGGAAGAAUCUUAUUCUUGCAAGACGCUCGCCAAUACGGACAGCUCUUGAAAUAGCAUUACCAGUAUUUUUCGGAUUUCUCCUACUUGCUAUACGACAUGUUGUUAAUUCAGAAACACAUAGAAAUGUUACAAGUUACGAAACGUUUUCUGUUGAUCAAUUACCACCAUUUCCAGACUCGUUUAUCUCACUCAUUGCUUAUACACCACAAACAAAUUUUACUGACGCAGUCAUGAAAAGAGCAGCUACUAGUCUUGGCUUAUUUUCGGAAGGCUAUGGAAAUGAAAGUGCGCUUGUUGCAGAAGUUAAUUCAAAAAUGCCCGAUUCACCCUUUCUUGGUGGUAUAGUAUUUACAAAUUUAUCUUUGGGAUCAAAUAUAACAUAUAAAAUUCGACUUGCGGCUAAAUUAAGAAAUGCUGGACGAGCAAAUAUGUUUAAUGGUGAAAAUAGUUGGCGAACAAAUUUACUCUAUCCUAUAUUUCCAAUUGUUGGACCACGAAAUUCUCGUAAUAAUACAGGAGGAACACCUGGUUACUAUCAAGAGGGUUUUCUUUCAUUACAACGAGCUAUUGACAUGGAAAUUAUUAAUGAAUUGAAUUCAACAUUUAAUGCAUCGAUGAUUAAUAUAGGCCUUCAACGUUAUCCAUUUCCACCUUAUAAAGAAGAUAACUUUGUACUUGUCAUUCAAGUUUGGUUUCCGUUUCUUCUUGUUAUGUCGUAUAUAUUUGCGGCUAUUAAUACAGUUAAAAAUAUUGUUUAUGAAAAAGAAAAUGGCUUAAAGAUUGCUAUGACUAUAAUGGGUCUCAAUAGUUGGAUUCAUUGGCUAUCAUGGUUUACUCGAUCACUUGCAUUUUUAACCAUAGCUGAUAUACUUAUCGCUGUAUGUUAUAUUGUUAAAGUUCCGUUAAAAUCUGGUGGUUCAAGUUCAGUGAUUGGAGAAUCGGAUAUAACUUUAGUUUUCUUUUUUCUAUUUUCCUAUUCAAUUACAUCAAUAUGUUUUAUGUUUUUAAUCAGUACGCUGUUCGAUAAAGCAAACAGUUCUGCUGCUGGUACUGGUGGUCUAUGGUUUCUUUCUUAUUUACCAUAUGCAUUCAUUCAACCUCGCUAUGAAACAUUAACAAGAGCAGCUAAAUUAGGCACCUGUCUAUUGCAUAAUAUUGGUUUAGCACUUGGAGCUCAACUCAUCGGCAUGUUUGAAGGAAAAGGCACCGGUCUUCAAUGGUCAAUGUUUAAUGAAGCUGUAUCAGUAGAUGAUAAUUUUACUAUGGCCGAUGUAAUUAUGAUGUUGUAUAUUGAUGCAUUUAUCUAUCUCAUUUUGGCUUUAUACAUUGAAAAUAUAUGGCCUGGACAAUAUGGAAUUCCGAAGAAUUUUCUUUAUCCAUUUCGAUUGAGCUAUUGGCGAGGAUAUACACAGGGACCCGUUGUUAAUGCAAAUAAUACAUUCGAUGACCCGAAUGAAAGAAAUUCAGUGGAUUCCACAGCUUUUGAAAACGAACCUACCGAUAAAGAAUUAGGCGUUCGACUUGUCAAUGUUUCUAAGACAUACUCAUUUCUUUUGGGUAGCCGUCCGCCGGUUCAUGCCGUAAGUAAUCUCAGUAUGAACAUAUACCGUGGUCAAUUGACAGCACUACUUGGUCACAAUGGAGCUGGAAAGAGUACAACUAUCUCUAUGAUUACUGGUUUAAUACCACCAACAAGCGGUAAAAUCAUUGUUAAUGGUUUUGAUAUUGCAACAUCAAUGGAUAGCGUUCGUAAUAUACUCGGUUUAUGUCCGCAAUAUAAUAUUCUUUUUGAUCAUCUUACUGUACGAGAACAUCUCAGAUUAUUUGCAAUUCUUAAAGGACAUCCAUCUCAUGAUGUUGAUCGUGAAAUCAAUGAAAUGGUUAAUGUUUUACUUCUAAACGAUAAAUUAAAUGUACUAUCAAGCGCAUUAUCUGGUGGAAUGAAACGUAAAUUGAGUGUUGGUAUUGCAUUAAUUGCAAAUUCGAAAGUAGUUAUUUUGGAUGAACCUACGAGCGGAAUGGAUCCAGCAGCUCGUCGAUCAACUUGGGAUAUGCUUCAACGUUUUCGUUUGGAUCGAACCAUAUUAUUUACUACUCAUUUUAUGGAUGAAGCUGAUGUGUUGGGUGAUCGAAUUGCAAUUAUGGGUGAUGGUCGUAUUCGUUGUUUUGGUUCACCAUUUUUCUUAAAAACGUCAUACGGCGUUGGCUAUCAUUUAGUAUUGUCUAAAAGUGAAACUGCUGAUACAAAUCAAAUCUUUCGAAUGAUACAAACAUAUGUACAAGAAGCAAAAUUAGAGUCAGCAAUAAGUGCUGAAUGCAAAAUAUUAUUACCACAUGCAUCAUCAGCUAAAUUCCCUAUUUUAUUUGAAGAGUUAGAAAAAAAUAAAGAUGCAUUAGAAAUUUUCAGCAUUGGAUUAUCCGAAACAUCGAUUGAAGAAGUAUUCAUGAAAAUUGUUGAAGAAGAUGAACCCGAUAAAAUUAGAACAACAACGAAUGGUCCUUUAAAUAGCAAUAAUCUGGAAAAUUAUGAAGAAAUUAAUGAUCAUGCAGCUUUAAAUGGAUUAACUGUUAAUUUUCAAAGUAUUUUUGAUACAGCAAUAGUAAAAAAUACUGGUUUUGCUUUAUCAUUUCAACAAUUCUAUGCUUUAUUACUCAAGCGUAUGCUGAAUUCAAAACGAAAUUAUCUUGUAGCAUUUGCUUGUGCUUUACCCAUCGUAUUUGUGAUUAUAUCAUUAGUUAUAGAACAACAAAUACCGAAACCAGAAGAUAGUCCACCAUUACUCAUGUCAUUCAAUCGGUAUAUAAAAACGAAUGUACCUUAUACAUAUGAUCGAAACGAUACGGCAUCAUUGGAUUUUAUUCGUUCCUAUGAAUAUGCUCUUAAGCAAUCAACUAAAAUAGCAGCAUUAAUAGAUUUAACAACAAAUAACACUCGACCAUGUCAAGAUGGAAAACCAACUGAUCUUAUAUUAUAUUUAUCUUGUAUCGGUCAACGUAGUUUACUUGAAUUAUCGGAUCAAUAUUUAAUUGGAGCAAAUGUUAAAGUAGAUACAUCUAGGGAAUCAUUAAAUCUAACUGGGCUAUUUAACAAUCAACCAUAUCACAUAUCACCGUUAACUUUAAACUAUUUAACAAAUGCAUUAUUGAAACAAUACUCGUCAACAUCAGAGAUAAAUAGAACAAUCACAGUUAUUAAUCAUCCGUUUCCACGUUCAUUAACAGAAACUGUAGUUGAUUUUCAAUCUCAGCAAUUUUUUGGUUUUCGUAUGGCGUCGAGUAUUGUGUUUGGUUUUGGUUUUAUGAUGGCAGCAUUUUCUGUAUUUUUAAUUAAAGAAAGAGUUUCUAAAGCAAAACAUUUACAAUUUUUAAGUGGAGCUGGCGGACUUAAUUUUUGGUUGACUACUUUUAUUUGGGAUUUCGUUUAUUAUAUGAUUGCUACAAUCUUCAUAUUUAUUUUUUGGACCAUAUUUUAUCAUACAGAUGCACUUAAAGACGAUUUAAAAGUUUUUCUAACUGGUGAUCGAUUCGGAUAUACUAUUCUAUUGUAUAUUUUUUAUGGUUUUUCACAUAUUCCUAUGACGUAUCUACUUUCAUUUAUUUUUCAAAUUCCUGCUAGUGGUUUCGCUUGGUUGACAAUUAUCAAUAUAAUAACAAGUCAAGCAACACUUCUUGCUGUUGUGAUUCUUUCCAUUCCACAACUGGAUUUGCUUGGGCUAGCCAAUAUUCUUGAAUGGAUAUUUCUUAUUUUGUUUCCAAAUUUUUGUCUGGGUCAAGGAAUCAAUAAUAUUUAUCAGAAUUCUGUUCUAAAUGAUUUAUGUGCACCUAUCCUUCCAUACUGUAAUCUUUUUCCGAAUCCAUGUUGCAAAAAUAAUUGUGGUUCGAAUUGUGUCGCUUGGACACCAAAUUACUUGAGCUGGGAAAAGCCAGGUGUUGGUCGUUUCGUAGCAUUUAUGGGUAUUCAAUCAGUUGUUUUAUUUACAAUUCUUCUACUCAUUACUUAUCAAACAUUCUCAAAGUUUUGGUUUAAUAUUUGUCGUUACUCAAAAUUUCAUAGAAAAACUUAUUCUAAUCUUGAAAAUGAUAAUAGAAGAAAUACGACAAAUCAUUCUAAUGGUUCAUCAAUUAUUGUAAUGUCAGACAAUGCUGUAAUUCCACCUACGACUGAAGAUGCUGAUGUGAAAGCUGAAGCUGAACGUAUUCAAAAUACAUCGUAUGAUGAAUUAAUGCAAACAGAUGUACUUGUAUUGAAUCAAAUAUCUAAACUUUACGCUGGGAGAUUUCAUGCUGUGGAUCAAUUAUCAGUUGGAGUGAAGAGAAGAGAAUGUUUCGGAUUGUUGGGUGUUAAUGGAGCUGGUAAAACAACAACAUUCAAAAUGAUUACUGGCGAUGAAACAAUCGAUCAAGGUUCAAUUGUAAUCGACGGCAUUGAUAUAAGCGGAAAUAUGAGAGUAGCACAACGUCGAAUGGGUUAUUGUCCACAAUUUGAUGCUUUAAUUGAUCUAUUAACUGGUGAAGAAACACUUUAUAUGUUUGCUCGUUUACGUGGUGUACAAGAACAUCAAAUUCCUCAAAUAGUUGCGGCUCUAAUUGAACUAAUGAAUUUACGAAAACAUGCAAACAAACCAGUUUAUGCUUAUAGCGGAGGAAAUAAACGAAAAUUAUCCGCUGCAGUUGCACUUAUUGGAGACCCAUCGAUUGUCUUUCUCGAUGAACCGACAACUGGCAUGGAUCCAAAAGCGCGAAGACAUUUUUGGAAUGCUAUUGCACAAUUUCGUGAUCACGGUAAACCCAUUAUAUUAACAAGUCAUUCAAUGGAAGAAUGUGAAGCAUUAUGUACACGUUUGGCAAUUAUGGUCAACGGAAAAUUUAAAUGCCUUGGAAGUAUUCAACAUUUAAAAUCAAAGUUUGGUGAAGGAUACACGAUUAUGGCGAAAUUAAAAGAAUUUAAUCAAACUCGUGUCGAUGAAUUCUAUUCAAUUAUUAAAAAUGCAUUUGCAAAUAGUGAAUUAAAAGAAGCUUACGAAGGUUUUGUGCAUAUUCAUAUUGAUCAAGCCGAUGUAUCAUUAGCACAACUCUUUCGUAUUAUUGAAGCAUGUAAAGAAACACAUUCAAUUGAAAAUUAUACAGUUAGUCAAACUACACUAGAACAAGUAUUUUUAAAUUUUGCUCGCAGUCAACUUGAUCCUGAUGAAUUACGACGUCGUAUGCGUGAGGGAGUUUCCUUUCGUCAAAGAUGGCUAAAACGUUCACAUUGA